AUAGACAUAUAAGUCUGUUAUGACAAUUUACCUGCACUGUAUUGUGCUUACAUUAGGCGCUAUAAACUUUGCAGUGAUGUGAUGAACCUGUUACCAGUAUAUUUGGAUUAUAAAAUGUUUUUCUCAAGAAGUAUAAAUGAAACAAAAGUAUUUUAGAAAUGUUACACAUGCGUGUUCAAAUAGUAAAUCGGUAAUGGUCUCGCAGCGUUACGUUUCUGUAAAGUGAUUAAUUUACAGGAAUAUCGACAUGAAUACAGCAUUAAGUUCAGUCAACAGUGGCGGUGAUAAACGUGUACCAGAAACAACUGUACAAAGCAUAGUACAGAAUUUAACUACUAUAUCAAGUAUGCAAAAUGUGCAGAGUAUCGUUCAAAGUAAUAUGCAAAAUAUUCAAUCAACGCAGCCUAUAGUGGGUUCAGUUGGAACACCUACUAGUCUUGUAGGUAAAUCAAUGACAAUGGAUAUAAAUCCGAAAUUACCUGUUAUGAAACCUGUAGUGCCUUCUGGCACUACGUCUACUUCAGAAACAAAUAAAAUAACCACAACGAUCUGUCCAGUGGGCUCUACGGUAAGAAUAAUAUCUCCAGGUAUGUUAAAUACAAUGGAACGUCAAAAUCAACCACAACCUCAGCAGCUAUUACAACAGGCACAGCAGGUGACAAGCAUACCAGCAACGUAUCAUGUACCCAGGGGACCAGCUGCAGUUGCUAAUAUAUCUGCCCCAAGAUCGACAGUGGCUACUCCUAUUGUUAGAGCUAAUACAGGACAAGCCAUACCUACUACCAGAGCAGGAAAUACAACUAUCCCAAAUUCUCAGUGGCAACCUAAGACAACGCCAAUGGUGUACGCGCAACCACAGAGGCAUACAGCACCUCCGGUCAGUCGAAUUUCAAGGCCACCGUCGUCGGUGUAUACCGGUCAACAACCUCGUUUAAUUACACCUACGAAUCAAGGGAGAUCUGUGCAAGCUACGAUGGUUACUGGAGUUCCUGGCACUCCCUCCAGAUUGAUAGCGCCUGUUCUUCAAGCAAACAAUAGUAUUACCAGAUUACCAGUUUCACAAAGCAGACCAUCUGCUCCCCAGGUAUCGAAUAUAUCACAAACGGCACAAACUGGUAGAUCUUCGACUCAAUCAAUUCAACCUAAUCAACCAAGUAGAUCUCUUAAUACCACUGGCAUUGUGAAUCGUAUAGCUGUAUCGGCACCUGUUGUUGGAACCGCCAAUAGAGUGACUGCUCCUGCUGCAGUUACCGUUCAACAAACAGUCGGGAGACAAUUAUCGAUUAAUACCGUUGCUACUCCGUCAACUGGUACUGUUAACAGGAUCGUAAUUCCUUCUCAACAACAGCAGCAGCAGCAGCAGCAGCAGCAACCGCAGCAACAGCAACAGCCGCAAUCACAAUCACAGGCAGCGCCUCGAGUUGUACAGACAGUGACUUCCUUGUCGAGUCUUAACACAGUGUCACGUGUAAUUGCUACAACAGCAAGUACAUCAAAUACAACACGAAUAUCGCAGCCUACAUCAACGACUGUUGCUAGAAUUACUGGAAUGUCUGUGCAUCCUUUACCCUUAGCACCUGCGAGAGUUACAUCGGCGCCUGCUAAAACGGUACAACCACAAGGUAUAGGACAAACUGUUCAAAUUAAGCCCACUCAACCAUCUGCGUUUCGAGUUUCUCCGGCCAGCAGUACAAACAAUAAUUCGAAUACAACGCCUACUCAACCAGUACAAGGGCAAUAUUUGCACCCUCCACAUACUGCUACCUAUUAUUCUUUCGAGCCCACAGGAACGUAUACUCAAUAUCGUCAAACUCCAAUAAGAUUACUCGUCGAACCUGGAUACGAAGAACCUCACACUAAAACAAAUGCUUCUCCAAGACCAAGUAUACUUCGGAAAAGAGAUCAUGAUAAUUCACCUAUCAAAGGUACGGCAAAGAAUUUAGUUCCUGUGCUCGCAUCUUUACCUCCUGUGACAACGUCCAGUCCACCGUGUUCACCGAGAGGAGACCAAGAUGGUGGAGGUUGUCAGAGUUCUGGAUCUACUACGGUUUCAGCAACAUCGUCACCUGGACUUGACGAGGAACCAGAGCAAUCCAGAAUUACUAUAAAUCCAACAGUCGAAAUGUCACCACGGAAAAAGCCUCGGAAGCAACAACUUACUGGAGUAGAGUUGACGGAGUCACGGUGUACGGAAGAAGAAAUGCAGUUCAUCACCGAAGAUAGAGUGAAAAAAGAGCUUAAGGAAGAACCGAAGGAGAAAUUGUCGGAGAAAAAACAAGCGUCGAAUUUGCAAUGCGACAUUGUUAAAUCUCCUGCCCAACAACCAACAGUUGCGAUACGAGCACGACCUACGCCUAGUCUAUUAGGUCCUUCUUGGAAGAAUAGGUGGGGUAGUAGACUUCAUCAUUACAGAAGGCCAAGCGAGGUUCGGCCUCGUGAGGAAAGGCGACCCACAGUUGCAGAAAUAGCCCAACAGAAACAUGUAUUACAGAAACUAAAUGGCUGGAAAGUAUACCACCUCACUGCACAAAUGGAAGAUAUCGCUGACCUCGAGAAACAAGUACACGAAAAAUUGAAAACGACCCUGACUAUGCUCGAAUCACAACAAAAUGUCAGAAAUAGACAAGACGAUGGUCUGGAACGUGUCAAUGAAUUGAUUAAAGGGAAUAUGCAACGUAGUAGUUUAAUUAGUGAAGGAAUGAAUGAAGCGCGUACGCAGCUUAUUGCUAUAUUUCAACAUAAAGGACCUAUUACAGAUAUUUUACAACGGUGCGGCAAUAAACGAGCUCAAAAAAAGAGAGACAAAUGAGCCAAUUUGCAUAAUGGAUUAACGCGAAUAUGUCUAUAAGAAAUCUUUGCGUAAGCAAAGAUCGAGGAGGAGUUAUUUUUAUCUGUUUCACAGAAUCUAUAUUAUAGGAGUAAAAUAAAUGGUUUUAUAAGUCUAUGAGACAACUGUCACUAA